AUGACGGCCGACUCUACCACCCUCGCUAAAAUCGCCGCGCUGCGUUCCUCUCUUGUCGCUGAGGAGACACCCCUCCCGGUGCGCUUCCGCGCGCUCUUCUCGCUCAAGCAUGUGGCGCGCACCAACCCGCCUGAGAGCGCUGAGUCGCUGGCUGCUAUUGAAGCUAUCGCCGCUGCGUUUGGGUCUCCUUCGGCGCUGCUCAAGCACGAACUGGCUUAUUGCCUAGGGCAGACUGGCAAUCCGGCGGCGCUGGCGCCGCUGACCGAAGUGUUGGAGGAUCUGGGCCAGGAUGCAAUGGUCAGGCAUGAGGCUGCCGAGGCGCUGGGGGCUCUGGGCAAGACUGAUAGCCUUGAGGUCCUGAAGAAGUAUCGUGACCGCGAGAACGAGGAGGUUUGUGUCAAGGAGACCUGCGAAAUUGCGAUUGACAGGAUUGAGUGGGAGAACUCGGAGGAGAGGAAGCAGGAGAAGCUGAAGGCGAGUGAUUUCGCCUCCGUCGACCCGGCCCCGCCAAUGCCUCUUGGCGAGGGCGAGCGAACCGUCGAAGAACUGGGCAAGACCCUGAUGGACACAUCACUUCCCCUCUUCAAGAGGUAUCGCGCCAUGUUUGCCCUGCGCGACCUUGCUUCGCCGCCUGAUCUGCCUACUGCUGUCCCUGCCAUCCAGGAGCUUGCCAAGGGCCUGUCCGACAAGUCGGCGCUUUUCCGCCAUGAGAUUGCCUUCGUGUUCGGCCAGCUGGCUCAUCCCGCUUCCAUCCCUGCGCUCACUGCAACCCUGAGCAACCCCAAUGAGGCUGGCAUGGUCCGGCACGAGGCUGCUGAGGCUCUGGGCAGCCUUGGUGAUGAGGAGGGUGUGGAGGAGAUCCUCAAGAAAUUCCUCCAUGAUAAGGAGGCGGUCGUCCGUGAGAGUGUCAUUGUCGCGCUGGACAUGGCGGAGUAUGAGAAGAGCAACGAGACCGAGUAUGCUCUGAUUCCGGAGGUUUCUGCUUAA